UCACCUGCUUUGGGUUUAGACUCGCCGGGCGCUGGUCCCGUAGAACUCGAACGAGGAGGAAUCUUGCUGCUGCUGCUGGAGUUCUUCUCCAUGGUGGUCCCCGUGAAGCGAGGUGGUCUUAGGCCGAGCUCCGGGCAGAGAGCCGCCGAGCUCUCUGGCAUCAAACGAGAAAACACUAAAAGAAAGCGGACUGUAGAGAGAGCGGGUAAGGCAACGAAGGCCCUUAUGCGUUUCUUUCCAACACGGAGACCCCAUCACGGCGACAUAUUAACAACAAAUCAAGCAGAGAAAAAAAAGAGACACGAUCGCGGCGUCUCAAGUGCUCCGGCAGCUGGUGGUGGGGUGAACGAAAGCGCACGACGCGGGGCCAAGACCCCAGAAAAAUGUCUUUUUCGUAGUUUGGGAUAACGUUAUGCCCAAGCAAGGCGUUUUGGACGCUUUCCAAAAUCAGGAAAACGUGUGAAUUCAAAGUUUUCCUUAAAAAAAACACGUUGGCAGUCGCGAGCUUGCACUAAUGGCGACGAGUCGCCAGACAAGAAGCCAAGAGACCCGGAUGGUGUAGAAAUCGGCUGGAAUUGUGGGACAUGUAGUUGGUUAGUCAUAUAAUUGAUUAGACUACUACAUUUCCCACUAUCCUCGAUGAUCCCUCAUCCUAGUCUGGCGACUGGUGUAGUUUUGCCGCGUUCGAGAUGCAUCGUACACCACACGCCCGAGUUGGAAAGGGGGAAAUCACCGAGGCACCCCCCCUUUUGAUCGUAUCCACUCGGGCUUCUCAGAGUCCACCGAGAGCAGUACGAAUCGAAACACAAAGAUGGCUGCUACCGUAGUUGACGUCUUCCUCAACCAGAGCAUGGUUGCUUUCCUUGACAAGGACAGGACCAUGCCUUACCAGGGCAUGGUGGCUGCCAACAUACACUCUGCAGAUUGCACUUGCACAGAUACCUGCAAUAUCAAGCCAACUGCACCACUGCCGGUGAAUUGCGGUGAAAAAAGCAUUACCCUACCUGUGAAUAAGGGUUUUACCAAAAAGCAGACCCUCUUCCUCAUCCACCUGAUGAGGAUCCACCUUGAGGUAAAGGGCGAGGGAACAGCAAAGUCCAUCCAUGCCCUGAACCGGCGGCUAAAGUUUGGGAAGAAGUCAAAGAAGCUGCGGAGGUGGGAGGAGAUUGCUGGAAAGCUUGCCAAACAGUUCGGGGAGCACUUCCAACAGUUGAAGGUGGGGCGCAAGUGGUUCACACUGGUGGAGGCAUAUAAGAGAGUCAAGGACAACGUUGCGUCGACAGGAAGGGGGCCUGGCCGCUUCAAAUUCUACAAAGAGAUGGACGAGCUGCUUGGGGGAAACCAUGACGUGGACCCACCAGUUGUCGGGAGCGAUUGUGCUGGUGUGGUGGUACGCCGUCCCAAUGCACUGAGGAUGUCCAACAGAGCUCGCUCACCAGCGCAGCCCACCAGCUCCUCUUCCUUGACUCCUGCUUCUUCCACAGCCAGUCCAGCUCCAGUUCGAGACCCCACCAGACCCCCGGACACCCCGAGAUCGCGGAAGCGGUCCGACAGUACUUCCUCACCAGCGGCAGCGGACGGGGCUACCUCAUCUGUGUCGCCCACCAGAGCUCCCUCACCAGCGCAGUCCACCAGCUCCUCUUCCCCAUCUCCUUCUUCUUCCUCAGCCAGUCCGCCUGCAGUUCGAGACCCCACCAGAGCCUCUGACACCCCGAGUUUGCGGAAGCACCCCGAGUUUGCGGACGACGUCUUGGCCUACCUUGAGAGAUCUGAUGCUGCUGCGAUGGCUGCUUCCCAGAGGCGGCACGAAGAGUCCCUGACCGAGAUGAGGGCGCUGAGGGAAGAUCGCAGGAAGUUCCUCCAGUUGUUCAGCAGCAUGGUGGACAAGAUGUGAGGCGGGCGCAACGACAACGGACACAAACCUUUAAAGAAGAUUUUGUCUCCUUUCUAUUUCACUAUUUCUACCUUCUAACUAAAGAAGACAUACAAUCUGCACAUAUGUACAUUAUCCUUGUUUUAUUAUUAUAACCUUUUGUCUUGUACACAUUUGAAUGGUGUCUUUCUCACAGAUUCUGCUUCAAAAAUAUAUUUUUUUUUUAACUCAUCCAAGUCCGAGUGUGUUUGAAUGUCACCCAAGUUUGUUUAGUUUCAAAGGCAUCUCAAUGCAUUCACGCAAAGGAUACCUUGCAUAGUUAUCACACCCAUAAAUAGUAUGUACCUUCACAUCGACAAAUAGUGUGUACCACGUCAAUGUAUAGUUGUUGCCAAAGAUUUCAGAAAGGAAAAAUGUGUUUCAUCACUGAUUCUUGCCUCAACAUUUGCAGAGGAAUCUCAGAGUAAAAUAACUCAGGGUCUUUGGUUUUGACAAAAUAUUGCCGGAACACCACUUACUCGUUGGUAUCUCCAUCUCUUGGACAUCAGUCUGGGUGUUAAUCACAUCCUAUCGAGGCACCAUGGGAAAAGUUGUGAAGGUAACAUGCAGCCAAGAUUAUCCCAAAGUGACGGUGCAUGUGUUCUGCAAGUUUCUCAUGCGCCUCGACUUGUACUUAAUCCUCCCAAAUAUCUGCUCAACGAUGACGUGGACCCACCUGUUGUGGGGAGUGAUUGUGCUGGUGUGGUGAUACGCCGACCCUAUGCACAGAGGCGGUCCAACAGAGCUCCCUCACAAGCGCAGCCAGCUCCUCUCCUCUUCCCCCGUAAAGGUAUCAAUCAGAGUGCCCCGUUGUCAUGCUGGGGGGUGACAAUGAAGGGGAAAGCCUGACUGAUUUAAGCACUAUCCCCCAGCAGAUGGUACUUCCCCAUCUUCUCCUGCCAUUCUUGCAUUCCUGCCAGGGAUUCCAGUGAAGACGUUGAUGAAGCAGCCUUAGGCAUCAACAAUCCCCAGGAGGAGGACAGAGUUGUAGGACUUCCUGUUCAUGUAGUCCCCUCCUCUGACCGGUGGCCUCUGGAGACAUCGCUCCAAUGACCCCCUCAAGGCCACAUGUGCAUUGGAAUCUGGUGGCAGACAUCCUCUUCUCACAGCCUGUAGGCCAUGAGACAAAAGUGGACAAGAUGGUCAGCAACCGAAGUAUGGAGCUGUGUGCUGAUGAAAGUGAGACGUUAAACUUGUCAAGAUAUCUACCGGGACCAUUUCUGGUUGGCCAUGUACCACAGGAACAUGAGCACCUUCUUGGCAAUAAGCAGGGGAGGCAGCCUUUGGUAGUGGUCACUUUGCAGGCCAACCUCCUGAAGGUACCUUUUAAAAAAGGACCUCAAACCGGGUUCUUGGGAUUCUGAAAUGCAGCGGAAAUAUGUGGCCAUCAUCAUCCAUGUCCAGAAUUAUCUGCCACUCGGUGCAAGACUUGAGGAUGAUCUGAUGUCUGGACCGCAGCACAGCCACAGCCCUACGAAAGGGAGAAAGAAAAUGAGAGGAAAACUGAUUAUUAUCGAUAACAAUUCAUUCAUAUCAGCAACCAUGUUCAGUUUUGUGAUUUCUACUGCAUAACAGCAAAAGGCAACGGAUCUAUCCAUAACUGGAAUUCCCCAUAAACUAAAAGAUUGCAGAUGUGUGUCCAUUGUACUUUUUGCAUUAGCAUGUAGAUGUCCUAAAUAUGUUACAUUCACAUUCGCCAAAUGGUAUCUUAAGCUUCUAAAAUGCAUUUAUAUUAAAGUUGUUACAAGAAAUGCGUAAGAAUGUAGGAGUACAGAGCAACCCGUCGUCAUCACAACAGUCAACGUCACUAUUGUUUUUAGCACACCGGUAGCUAUUAUGCUAGCCUUCGACUUAAAGAUGCUUUUUUAUAAAAAAUAUAUAACACUGCAAAAACGUCUAUACACGACUUAACAUACGGAAAUGUGGACAUACCGUUUGAUUUUCUAUUUUCUUAUGUCUCCUCAUCCCGUAGCUUUUUUAGAUGAGCUACAAGCUUGCUCUCGUGUUUUAGGCAAGCGUCCAGGACUACCGAGACAGCUGCUGCCCUGAUGGCGUCCAUGUUCUUCCCGACUUGUGUAUGGAUGCCCACAAAGAUAAACGGGAACGCUACAGUCUGACUCAAUAUCAUCCCACUGCCACCUGCGUUCGCAGAAGACUGAAACGCUCAGUGUUUUGGGGAGAAUGGUCUAACAUAGGUUGUUCCCCCAUUUUUCGCUAUUUGGGGGACUUAUUUCAGUACCUGAUAAAAUGGCAUAGAUUACUCAGUUGACAAUCAUAUAUUUUAUUUAAAUAAAUUAAAAACGUUUUCUGGUUCACUGGCUCUUUAUAUGAGCAGAACUUCAAUACUUAUGCAACCCAUUUUAUAAUCAAAUCCAGAACAGCGUGGGAAGUAAACAGCAAAACUGGGGAUAUAAUAGAUUACAAAAACACACAACAAAUCUGGUGCAAUCUUUAUUUCACAUAAUUCUGAUGUCCCCUAAAAUCAAUUGGAAACGAACAAAUAUUUUGUCUUAACACUAUAGUGGGGCAUAAUUCAUACCAUCUAUAUCAAGCAACAUUAUAAACAAUGUAGAUAACAAUAAGUUAUGAAUUCAGUCUCUCUCAUCUUUAUGUUCGUUUCCCUUCAACAUUUUUGUGGAAGAGCGGAGUAUGGCACGACGAACAUGAGUUUUCUCAUCUGCAACAGUAAAUUCAAAAUUACAGCAAGCGAUUAACAUCGGUAGACAAAAUUGCAGCAGAUGGACAAACUAGUAGGUGAAGUAGUAUAGGUUAGAAUGGUGAAAAAUCUAUUGGGCGUUUCGGUUGUGUUUACCUGUGGUUUUACAUUGAGGGAGCAUUCUAUGGAGCUGCUGAGUAUUGUAUCGAACCAGGAACUUCUGACAUGUUCUGAUUGUUCCUUCAGAGAAAAUAAAAACAUUUAGUACCCUGAACAUAUGAUUGGCUCUUCCUAGUAAAGGCAAAGUUGCACUUCUCCCUCAAAGUGUUGACGGAAAUAGAGCAGUUGUCAAAAUAGAGACGAAAAGCAGAUUUCGAACCCUUCCUCCCGCCAUCAUUUAUCUGCCAGGCUUUUUAUGGUUCCACGUUCCCGCAACGCAAAGACCACGCAGACGCUUCGACGCAGUCGUGAACAUUUAUGGCUCUGAGUCGGGUUUUAGAAAGCAGACCAAUCACAGCCCAUGCUACUGCGUCGCCUCGACAGAAGGUUACGAUUUUUGGGAGGAGCACGUCCGGCCUUUGCGGUGGACGCAAGGAAGGUACGCAAGGACGUAAGGGGUCUGUAACCCCCUGGGGUGGCG